UGCGGGCAGCGUCAUUGUCUACAUCAUCAUUGAUUUCAGGUAAGCAGCUUCUCCUGCGCCUCCAGCCACAGCAGAGUGGCACGGUCGCUGCGGGCUCGUCACGGGACCUGGCCGCCAACCAUGACGUCAAUUACACCGGCCGCCCUGGAUUGAUUGUGGAAAAUGCCACAACUCAGUCUAACGGCCCCCCAGAGAUGACCCGCAACGGGAAAAAAUGGCAGCUGACAAUCGAUGUGCCUCGCAGCGGGCGGCAGAUUGCAGAUGCGCUGAGCGAAUAUGGCUCCGUGGAUGUGGUCACCCAAGAACUUCGUGACUUGUACACAAGCUUUGGUUUCACGAAAGGACUCACUUUGGUUUUGUCAGCUGAUGCAAUGAAUCAGCUUGGCAUCACACUGAGCAGGUGGCAGGUGGGAAAGACAGGAAUGGCAGAAACAAAGUUCAAGUUUGGUAGGGACUGGAUGGCGGAAGAACUGGUUGAUUUCCUCAAACAACAAGGACCAAGGAAGACAUGGGAUGAAAUUAAGGAUCAGCCUCCACAGACGGCCAACACGCGGGGGCGCCCCGCGAAGAGGCAGGCCAAAGAACCCGAUGAGCGACAUCGGUCCAGAUCUGCCGCUGAGAAGCCCGAAAAGGGCGAUGAAAGUAAGGACCCAAUGGAAGUCGAAAAAACGCAGUUGGACUCUCAGACUCAGCCUGAAGCGAUUGACAAGCAGAGUUCAAAGCCAACCUCGCAGUCUCUUGGUAAUUUGACGGAUGCCUUAACCCAAAACUGGACGCUGGCCGAUCAAGGUGGAUGCGGUGACUGUGGGUACCGGGCAUUAAUAGACAACUUUCAUUAUCAAACCACUGGUGAGACUCUUUCCAAAGAAGAAUGCAUCAAAAAUGCCAAUCUAUUUCGUACGGAAGUGGUACGACAUGUUCGCAAACAUCAAGAUAGGUACGAAAACCAUGUCAGAGGUGGGAAAGAGGCCUUUCCUGCCUUUUGUGACAAUGCGUUGAAGCAAACUCACUGGAUAUGUGGACUGCUGCUGCAAGCAGCAGCAGAGGUGAAAUCAUGCUGCAUAGUGGUGUGGAAUCAAAAAGAUGAAGUUCUGGAAAGAUUCACUUUCGCUCCUGAGUGGAGUCCACAGGGGAUGCCCAGAAUGAAAAAAGAAGCACCAAUCCUGGUGGUGUACAGAAACGACAAACAUUAUCAAUCCGUCCGACCACCCCAGGAUCAGGACGGCAUGACUAAGGUGCCCAAACACUGGGCGCGAGAGACAGCCAAACCCGAGGCCGAAGCACUUGGAGGCGCUGGACCAAGCGUUGGAGAAUCGCCUAAAACCCUGCACACGCUCUCCCCUGGCUCUUCCCAUGCUCCUUCGCUCCAUACUCUCCCCGCCUCCUCCUUUCGCGGAUCCUCGGGUGGGGGUGUGAUGAUCACGCGCGCGCCGUCCCUGCACUCCUUGGUUCCUUCCGCGUCUUCUCCUCCGCGUCUGCGCGCGGUUGUGCACGGCCAUGCGGCGGGUGGUGGUUCUUCGGGUGCCCUUGCGCGACCCCAUCCUCCGCGCUCCCCCUCUCUUCUUACCUUGGCUGCCUCCCCUCACUCCUGCGACCGGUCGGGUACUAAGGACAAAGGCGCAGUCAAAAAUGACAACACAGAAUGCGACUUUCGCCCUGACACUGCUCCAUAUCCUCGACACCUCAAGCGGCUGGAUGCUAAAUCACAGUCCCGACCUCGGAACUUCCUGAAAGUGGCAGAGCCUGGAGUUGCCCAGAAUGCGGGAAAGGCGGCGCAAGCUGCAGGGCACUUAGUUACUGAGGUCCUUCCGCCGGAUGCCAUGCGAAACCGCGAUAUUGACUACUAUAUCAGUAACCUUGAGCCCACUGAGGUCGAAACGCUUCCUGAUGUUGACUGGCAGAUGCUUUCGCAAACUUUUUUUCAAGCCCUAGUUUGUGCAGUCAGGGCUGCUGCCCCUGACAUGCUGCAGCGAGUGUCUCCGGCCUUACUGAGGAUUCUCAGGGAAUUUUGGGCCGAUAUUUGGAAUAGACGUCAAAUCUCUUGGGAUGAUAUUUGGGAUGAUUUGGUUACUCACACUCCACCACGCCCUGCUCCUGACAGCUGGCCAAGCCUCACACCGGAACAACUCCGUUCUGCCACCAAGUGUAGCCGCGGCAGUGUGCCGGGGCUUGACGGCUGGAGAGCUGAGGAACUUAGUUUGUUCAGUGACGAAAUGUGGCAGGAUGCCGGCUGUCCUCCAGAAACAGUUUCCACUUCCAUCACCUUGUUGGGAUUCCAGUUCAUGGGAGUGACCCAAAGAAAAGCCAAAGACCGAGAACUGACAAGACUCACUGAGGCGACCGAAGUGCUGUCACAUAGGCUCAGAGAUGCUUGGCGAAUCAGAAAUAUGAGGAAUUCUUGGAACUUGACCGACGCGACUCAACGGUUUGUGCAGACAUUCCAUGUGACCUGA